AUGGUGCUGGACGUGCGUGGUGGCGGCGGCGGCAAACGCCAUGUGCUCGCCAUCCUGCCGGGCAGCCGCAAGCUCGACUUCGCGGCCGUCGCCACGCUCUUCGAGGCGCGCAAGUGCGGCUUCGCCUCGCCCGAAACGGCGCAGGAACUGACCGGCUGCGUCAUGGGCGCGGUGCCGCCGUUCGCACUCGAUCCGGCGAUCUCGAUCGUCGUCGAGGAAGACCUGCUGGCCAACGAGACGCUGUUCUUCAACGCCGGCCGCCUCGACCGCUCGAUGGAACUGGACACGAAGGACUGGCUGGCGAUCGCCAAGCCGCGCCUCGCCCGGAUCGCGACGCGUGACUGA